CAGAAAUUAAACCAGAAAAGCUCUACCCUAUCUAACAUUCUGACCCUUCCCCUACAAAUUAAAACUAUAUAAGCGCUAACAUGGUGGAUCCCUUCCCUUCAUCUCUCACUAAGUUCUCCACACCCUACCCUCCUCCGCAUUUCCCUUCUUCUCUUUCUUCUUCAGUGUAUUGGAAGUUCGAGCUCAAGAGCAAACAGUAAUGAAUGCCCUAUUGAACUCGUCAAAGUACUGCUUGCAUUUAUAGCCUACCCUGUAUUUAUUUCAACAGAGGCCACCACUGCCUUCUUCACCAGCCAAAAGAAAUAGCAGAGGAGAGGAGAGAUUGGGGAAGGGUUUAUUUCAGUGUGUCAGAAUGUUGAGGCACAAUACCUCGCCUCUUUUGCUACUGCUAGCACUUCUCUGUUCAUCUUCGGUUUGGGUUUCUUCAGUCACAGCUGCUGUUACUUAUGAUGGUAAAGCCAUCAUCGUCAAUGGGCAGAGAAGAAUUCUCAUCUCCGGCUCCAUUCACUAUCCCAGAAGCACUCCUGAGAUGUGGCCUGAUCUCAUACAGAAGGCGAAAGAUGGAGGAUUGGAUGUGAUUCAGACUUACGUCUUCUGGAAUGGGCACGAACCCACCCCUGGAAAUUAUUACUUCAACGACAGGUACGACCUUGUGAAGUUCGUGAAGCUGGUUCAACAAGCGGGUCUCUACCUUAAUCUCCGGAUUGGCCCUUACGUUUGUGCUGAAUGGAACUUCGGAGGACUCCCUGUUUGGCUCAAGGAUGUGCCUGGAAUCUCCUUCAGAACUGACAAUGAACCCUUCAAGGCGGCAAUGCAAAAGUUCACAGAGAAGAUCGUCAACAUGAUGAAGCAAGAAAACCUCUUUGAACCCCAGGGAGGCCCAAUUAUUCUUUCCCAGAUUGAGAACGAGAUGGACCCGGUGGAAUACGAGAUCGGGGCGCCGGCGAAAGCCUAUGCACAAUGGGCAGCUAAAAUGGCAGUGGGGCUCGACACAGGAGUCCCAUGGAUUAUGUGCAAGCAAGAGGAUGCUCCUGACCCUGUGAUAAACACCUGCAAUGCGUUUUACUGUGAGAACUUCAAGCCAAACGCGCCAUACAAGCCUAAAAUGUGGACUGAAGCCUGGACUGCUUGGUUCUCAGCAUGGGGAAACCCAGUCGCAUACAGACCAGCAGAAGAUCUGGCAUUUUCAAUUGUCAAGUUCAUUCAGAGUGGUGGCUCUUAUGCCAAUUAUUACAUGUACCAUGGCGGGACAAGCUUUGGUAGAACAGCAGGUGGACCCUUUGUGACCACGAGCUAUGACUAUGACGCCCCGCUUGAUGAAUAUGGUUUGACAAAUGAGCCCAGAUACACUCACCUGAAACAUAUGCAUAAAGCAAUCAAGCAAUCUGAAACUGCUUUGGUUUCUGCUGACGCCACUGUGAGAUCACUCGGGAAAAAUCAAGAGGCUCAUGUAUACAGCUCAAAGUGGGGCUGUGCCGCAUUCCUAGCAAACUAUGAUGUGAAUUAUGCAGUCACGGUCGACUUUGGAAAUGGUCGGUAUGAUCUCCCAGCAUGGUCCAUCAGCAUUCUACCCGAUUGCAAAACUGAAUUUUACAACACUGCAAAGGUUUCAGCUCCACGAGUGCACAGGAAGAUGACGCCUGUGGGUGGAUUUACAUGGAACUCGUACAUCGACGAAGUUGCUUCUGGUUUCGCUAGUGAUACAACUACACUGGAUGGAUUGUGGGAGCAAGUUUACUUGACCAAAGAUUCUUCGGAUUACCUUUGGUACAUGACAGAUAUCAAGAUAGAAAGCAACGAGGCAUUUCUGAAGAAUGGAGAUGACCCGGUUCUCACGGUCCAAUCAGCUGGCCAUUUUGUCAAUGUUUUUGUCAAUGGUAAACUCAUGGGAAGCGCUUAUGGAAGUAAAGACAAUCCCAAGUUGACUUUCAGCCAGGGUGUGAAGCUAAACGCUGGUGUUAACAAGAUUGCAUUGCUGAGCGCUUCAGUUGGUCUUGCGAAUGUUGGACCGCACUUUGAGAACUACAACGUUGGUGUUCUCGGUCCAGUCACACUGAAGGGACUGAAUCAGGGGACAGUUGACAUGACCAAAUGGAAAUGGUCUUACAAGGUUGGCGUGCAAGGUGAGAAAUUGCAGCUGAAUACGAUCACUGGAAGUUCAUCCGUCGAUUGGUCAGAUGGAACGCUUUUAGCUGAAAAACAGCCUCUGUCGUGGUACAAGACAACUUUUGAUGCGCCAGAAGGGAACGAGCCAUUGGCGCUAGACAUGAUCAGCAUGGGGAAAGGCCAGGUAUGGAUCAAUGAGCAGAGCAUAGGCCGAUACUGGCCUGCAUAUAAAGCAGAAGGCAACUGUGGCACCUGCUAUUACGGUGGUUACUACGCGGAGAAAAAAUGUCUCAUCAAUUGUGGACAGCCUACACAAAGAUGGUACCAUGUUCCACGGUCAUGGCUGAAACCAAGCGGUAACUUCAUGGUUGUGUUUGAAGAAUGGGGAGGAGAUCCGACAGGGAUUUCUAUGGUCAAGAGAGGCUUAACUGGAAAGAAAUAUGAUGCAUAAGCUGCAUUCACAAUUAUGGUUACUGGCGAAAGGUCGAGAGCCAAUAUUGUGAAGUGCUGGGAUAUUGUACAGCAAAAAACUGCAUGAUAUUCUUUACAUUAUAAGGUAGUUAGGAGGAUCUGCUGUGAUUGAUGUUAUAUUAGUCCUUUCAAAAGUUAUUCAUUUCAGGUAAGCAUGUAGCUUACCUGGGUUUCAUUUCAGUCUUCUUUUGAAGAACUGUAAGCCAUAAUGCUUACUGCUUUUUGGGUGUUUGCAAUCGCUCCAAGCUUGUAAGGAAAAGUUACUGAGGUCGCUUCUCCUUCAUAUGAAUAAAAGUUGAUGAAGUUAAUAUACACCAG